AUGCCAGUCUUUGUACUUAUUGCUACUAAACUUCGAAAUGUUAUGAACGUUCCUAUGCAGAUUGAAUUAUGCCGUGCUGGCAGCAGCCGUUUUGAAAAGUUGACUAACCUGCAUGAUGUGCUCUCAGUUAUAGCUUCAGAACAGGAAUUGAAUCAGUUUGUCCACAUGUGCUCAAGGAAACUGGAUCACGAGGUUUCCAUUACCAUUGAGAGCCAGUUAGAGAGUGGGCCCCGCUGUUGUUUCUAUAUUGUUGAUAACGUCAACGUGAAAACCUUCCGCACCUACGCCGUCUUUGUUGUGCCUCUAGGACGGUUCGUUAUUGCUUCAUUACUUGAAACAUUAGAGUUUUGA